AUGUCGUCCAACGGAACUGAACGUUUAAAGAACAGAAAGCCGAUCAAGAAGCCUACCCCGGCUUAUCUUCCGGCUCCAGGCUCAGUGCUUACUGUUGAUAAGAACCUCUACUCAUCCAUCCGCGAUGCUGAGCGUGAGCUUAUCGAGGAGUUUACGCUGCCUAUUCGGUCUGGGAAAGCAUGGAAGGCACCUGCUGGUUCGAUUGUGAAGAUCAGUACGCCGGAGGGACCGCAAGUUGGCGACUUGAACAUCUGGAACGCCCACAAUCCCCGCGAACGCUUCUGGGCAAGCCGCACAAAGCAACUCCACGCCUCCCACGUUUCGACUUAUGACCGUCUCUGGUCCAACCUUCCCUACAUGCGUCCCCUAGCCACCAUCAUCACCGACAGUCUAGACUGGUACGGCGAGGACGAGCAUGGCGGACGAGUACAUGAUUUGCUGGGUACACGCUGCGAUCCGUACAUCAACACUGUUCUCAGUGGGGGACAGUAUAAUUUCCAGUGCCAUUCUAACUUGACGCGUGCGGUGUUGCCGUUUGGAUUGAUUGAGCAGGAUGUUCAUGAUGUUAUUAAUAUUUUUCAGGUCACGGGGUUGGAUGAGGAGGGGAGGUAUUUUAUGAAUCCUUGUCCGGCGGAGAAGGGGGAUCAUAUUGAGUUUCUUGCUGAGCAGGAUCUUUUGAUGGCGUUGAGCACUUGUCCUGGUGGUGAUCUUUCGCUUUGGGGCUUUGGAGAGGAUAGUGAAGAGGAGAUGAUCAAGUGUUGUCGUCCUCUCAAGGUAGAAGUGUAUCGUCUCAAAGAUGAGACUUUGUUGCAGAAGAGCGGGUGGAAGCCAGCUGAAGUGUCGGGAUACAGUGGACGUCACGGAAUGGAUAUCCCACUAGGUGAGAACAGAGAAGAGAAAGCCUAG